GCCUGUGCCAAUCGCUGCGGUCUGCCCCGCGGGUCCCGAACCGGGGCGGACCAGGGGGGCUUGCACCCUACGGAAAAAGAGUGCACGGAAUGGGCUCGGGACCCUCUGGGGUGUGCGCGGCGCGAGGCGGAGGGCGCAGAGAGGAGCUGGUGGGUGGUGGGAAGUGCAGCUGACAGCAUAACCAUGUCUGGUAAAUAGCGCUGGUUGGUAGGACCCAAAUCACUUGGGACGGCCGGGCUGCAUUCUCCUCUCCUGCACGGAAUGAAAAACAGUGUGGUUGCAGAGAAGGGCUUUUCCCCUUCCCUGGGGCCGUGGGUUGUCGCGGAGCCUCCGCGCUCAGGAGGAAGCUGAGAUCUGGGGCAGCAGCCUGGCGCAGCCUACUCCCCACGCCCAGAGUUCAGGCUCCGGUGUUUUCUGGUGGAGACCGAGCCUCGGUGGUCCCUUGGCUGGACCCCAGAGGCCGAAGAGCUGGGCUGAGCUCGGGCUGGCAGCGGGUGAUGACCGCCCCAGGCAGGAGGGGGUUAAGGUGGCGCUAGCGGCCGCGGCCAGCUGGAGGGUCUGGUCCGCAGCGCCGAACCGAGCGGCGAGCGCGCCCGGCGGAAUCCCGGACGGAGCCGGGCGAUGGGGAGAGGGCCCAGACCCCUCCCCGCCCUGGGGCCGGCAGGAUUGGGUCGGCAGGGGGCCAGCCCGGAAGCCGGCUUCCUUCAGGCUCCCCCUCUCGCUGCUGCCAAGCUGCCUGGCAGCCAGGCCGGCUGAGCGUUUGUUCUGCGCUCCCUGCCGAGGAGAUGUGAGGGAUUUUCUCUUGGGGAGAAAUCAGUGGUGGAGUGCCUGCCCAGCUCAAAUGCCAUCCGGCUCAGAGGGAGGCCUGCGGCCCAGGGAUCCCGGAGGGAGAGCAACGUCACACCUCCUGAGGACAGCCAGGAGGACUCCGGGUUUUGCUGAGCUUUGCAUCUUGCCUUCUUCCUUCCAAAGGCUCCAGACCCACGCUCAGCUGUCCUCAAGUCCCGCAUGCCCCUGGCCAGGCAGCCCACUGCCCCUCCAGCCCAGCCCAGCCCUAGAGCUCACCUCCAGGACCUGGAGUCUGCCCUCCUGCCCAGAAUGACUCACCAUUAUUUCUAGCUCGAGUAAGAAGAUGUGAUGGGGGGUUGAGCUGCCUGUUUUUGUAUCUAGGAUUCCUGCAGCAUCCGAUCAGCUCUGCAAGGAAGAGAGCUUCAGGUUCCUGUCUGGCCAGCCAAGCGAGGCUGUCUGUCCAGCUCUCAGAGAGCUCUCAGGGCUCUCCUGCAGGCGCCCAGGCCAAUGCUUCUGUGCUUCCUGGGGCCGUUAGCAGCACCCUGAGCUCCCUGCUGCCAGGCAGCUGGAAGGCGUAGCGUGAGGCGCUUCUCUCAGUCCCAAUUAUGACAGUGGCCACCGGAGACCCAGCGGACGAGGCUGCUGCCCUCCCUGGGCACCCGCAGGACACCUAUGACCCAGAGGCAGACCACGAGUGCUGCGAGAGGGUGGUGAUCAACAUCUCGGGGCUGCGGUUUGAGACCCAGCUAAAGACCUUAGCCCAGUUUCCAGAGACCCUCUUAGGGGACCCAAAGAAGCGAAUGAGGUACUUUGACCCCCUCCGAAAUGAGUACUUUUUUGAUCGGAACCGCCCUAGCUUUGAUGCCAUAUUGUACUACUAUCAGUCUGGGGGCCGGUUGCGGAGACCUGUGAACGUGCCCUUAGAUAUAUUCUCUGAAGAAAUUCGGUUUUAUGAGCUGGGAGAAGAAGCAAUGGAGAUGUUUCGAGAAGACGAAGGCUACAUCAAGGAGGAAGAGCGUCCUCUGCCCGAAAAUGAAUUUCAGAGACAGGUGUGGCUUCUCUUUGAAUACCCAGAGAGCUCAGGGCCUGCCAGGAUUAUAGCUAUUGUAUCUGUCAUGGUGAUUCUGAUCUCAAUCGUCAGCUUCUGUCUGGAAACGUUGCCCAUCUUCCGGGAUGAGAACGAAGACAUGCAUGGUGGUGGGGUGACCUUCCACACCUAUUCCAACAGCACCAUCGGGUACCAGCAAUCCACUUCCUUCACCGACCCCUUUUUCAUCGUAGAGACUCUUUGCAUCAUCUGGUUCUCCUUUGAAUUCUUGGUGAGGUUCUUUGCCUGUCCCAGCAAAGCUGGCUUCUUCACCAACAUCAUGAACAUCAUUGACAUCGUGGCCAUCAUCCCCUACUUCAUCACCCUGGGGACAGAGCUGGCUGAGAAGCCAGAGGAUGCUCAGCAGGGCCAGCAGGCCAUGUCACUGGCCAUCCUCCGUGUCAUCCGGUUGGUAAGAGUCUUUAGGAUUUUCAAGUUGUCCAGACACUCCAAAGGUCUCCAGAUUCUAGGUCAGACCCUCAAAGCCAGCAUGAGAGAAUUGGGCCUCCUGAUAUUCUUCCUGUUCAUUGGGGUCAUCCUUUUCUCUAGUGCUGUCUAUUUUGCAGAGGCUGAUGAGCGAGAAUCCCAGUUCCCCAGCAUCCCGGAUGCCUUCUGGUGGGCAGUCGUCUCCAUGACAACUGUAGGCUAUGGAGAUAUGGUUCCGACUACCAUUGGGGGAAAGAUAGUGGGUUCCCUGUGUGCAAUUGCAGGUGUGUUAACCAUUGCCUUACCGGUCCCUGUCAUUGUAUCCAAUUUCAACUACUUCUACCACCGGGAGACAGAGGGAGAGGAGCAGGCCCAGUACUUGCAAGUGACAAGCUGUCCAAAGAUCCCAUCCUCCCCUGACCUAAAGAAAAGUAGAAGUGCCUCUACCAUUAGUAAGUCUGAUUACAUGGAGAUCCAGGAGGGGGUAAACAACAGUAACGAGGACUUUAGAGAGGAAAACUUGAAAACAGCCAACUGUACCUUGGCUAACACAAACUAUGUGAAUAUUACCAAAAUGUUAACUGAUGUCUGAUUGAAACCUAUUAACAUACUCACAGCUCGGUGGAACUAAUGCAGAUGUUGCAUAAUAGCCUGCAUUGUAGUCAGUGUGUUCUACAGUGUGUAUCUGGUUCUGCAUGGAAAGCAAUAGUCGUGCAAGUGACUUUUGACCUUUUGAUUUUUGAUUUAGAACACAGAAUAUCUAUCAUGGCUUUCAUGCAAAUCCUCAUCACCGGCUUAUGGGUUUCCAAAGAUGGGAGUCACCUAUCAAGCCAGGAUUUCAGAAAGACACAUUGAGGCCACCUCAUAUCCAAUACACAGUCCACCUGUCAGUGCCACCUUUCCUUCCUAAUUAAAUACACGCAAGACCCCAGAGUUGCACUCCCUUCCUCCAUCCCACCAUCCCAUUUGAGCCCACCUGCCCCUUCACAGAGGAACACCAAUCAUGGCUUAGCUUCAGAGCUCUGCUGAUAAUUCAAAAGGUCAUUCCCAUUUUUGCAUUGAAAAGAACACACAGUCCUGUGUGUUGGAAUUACUUUCUGUGUCACAGGCUGGGGUUUGUGAAUUGCACUUGCCAAGUAGAUGCUCCAGAGGCUUGUGUUUCAUAACGGAAAAUGCUGCAUUCUGCUUUUUCUCUGCAGUGUCGAUGUGAGGGAAGCCCGGGGGGAGGGACAGUUAGUAUGAUCGAAUAUGAGUUGUCAAGUUUCACAUUUGUUUUCUUAGGCCUAUGGGGAGAAGCUAACAAACCAAGGGACCUCUCAGCUUCAGAUUUCACCACUUUUGCAGGCUUCAGGGUCACAAAAACAUGUCGGAUUUCUUCUUUUACACUGAAGUGUGCAGACAUCUGCUUUCCUAGUAAUGUGGCCAGCUACACUGACAUUGCAGUGAAAUUUACCAGUGAUGCAAUAGAGCUGCAUGGGUGUGUGUUGCAUGAAUCUCAAUAUUUAAAACACAGGAGAUAACCUAUUUUCCUAGUAGCCUACACAGUAUUAAUAUUUAGAGUAUUAAUAGCCUCGGAAUGGCAUUUAACUACGUUUUUUUCCCCCAUUGGAAGGCAAAAGCCCUCCAUCAGGAGAAAAAUACAGACUAUUUGGAAUGGAACCAAAACUUCUGGCCCCCCAGCCCACCCAUUCCUGUUCUUCCAAAUGGAAGUACAGACUUCUACAGAGCCAGGAGAGUGAGCAGAGAAAGCAGCGUCUGAACACUGCACCUUAGGAGUUAACCUAGCCAUGGGCAUGACUACACAGCUGACCAGGGCAUCAGGUCUGUGGAUCCAGUGUAUAUAAAUGUAUAUCGUGUAUCUCUCUUUCACGCAUUCCUCUACCUAGCUAGCUAUAGAAAAAAUUGCAUUUGAACAUCUUAUAAGCUUAUGCAAUAUUUUUGACACAGGGCAAUUUAUGCAUGUGUUUGACUAUGUGCACUAGAGUGUGUGUGUGUGUAUAUAUAUAUACAGACAUAUGUGUGCAUAUGUACAUAUAUACACAUACACACACACGCAUAGAUAUAUAUUCAUUCUUUGGAGUUCAGGUUCAGGAGCAAAUCCACUGCUUGGUGGGUUGGCUGUCUGAGAGGCCUAAUGGGCCUCAUUGGUAACCCCACUGGGCCUGGGUUUGCUGCCAUUGCCUCAGACACUCCAGUCUCCAUGUAUUCCUAGACAUUAGAAUUGUCUUUUCUGCCCUCCAUGUGCUGCAGCUUCAGUUUCCCAUGGCUGAAGCUUGUCUUACUGAGUGCACAAGGGCCCCAUGGCCCUCACAGUCCCAGCUGUCCUGGGCCGGACCACCCCAGGCCUCCUCUCUAUAGUCUGUCUUGUCAGUCAUCUCCAUCCUCAUCUUUUCCCACCCCAUUUUGUCUUUAGUAUCCCUUGGCCCUGCAUCUAUCACUUUCGUGAAACUUCCCUAAGGAGCCAGAAUGGAUGCCCUGCUUUGAAACUAAGGACACCAAGGAGUAGGACUCCUUGAGACUAAAUUCCAUUGAUCUGGACUUAAAGUGAGCUUCCUCUAUGUGGAAAUUUCUGAAGUCCAGGACCCAGGGAUGGAGUCCCUAUAUGAUCCAAAAGCAUGAUUUUGAUCGCCAGACUCAAACUCUCUCCCUGAUAAACUGGCAACCAGAGCUGCUAUUAAAAAAAACCAAAGGAUGGGUAAAGAAUUGACCCCCAACCCCCAGAAUACGUAGAGAGCAAAUAGGUACUGCAUAGCCUAAAGGUAGAGAAUAAGUUGUCCCUGGAAUGGGUUCCAGUGGGGGAGGGGGGCUUUUACCUCAUCAGACAGGGAUUCUUUGCCUUUUGACAUAGUGGCUUAAAUUUCCCAAACACAGUGAACUGCUGUGGUCAGGCUGUCCAGUGGUGGCUCCAGCCCAGGCCUCAAUGCUGCCUAGUUAGCACCUACAGUUGUCUUGGGGGGUGGGGCACCAGCUCAGGGUGCUAGGCCCAGGGUGCUCAUUAGUUCCUGGUCACCCACAUCCCCAGGUGUCUGCAGGGUAUCCCGUGCCCAGCACAAAGCCUCCGUGCUUCUCUUCCUCUUCUUCAUGGGAGAUGGUGCUGAAUUUCCAAGGCAUGGGGUGGGAGGGACAGAGACUUUGGAAAAUAGAAGAUAAAGCAACCUAGGCCUAGGUCGGGAGGUGGAUAAAUCUUAUCACAGUGUCCUUGGCCUAGGACUUCAAAAUGUUCGCACACCUGCAUGCCCAUCCACCACAAAAUAGAUCGACACACUGUUGCCACACACAAAUAUAAAACAUAUACACACAUGCAAAAUGCACACAGAUGAAAUUAAAGGACAGACAUAGAAAUAUAGUUAUAACUAUAAACAAAAUAUGCACACUUAGUGCAGCUGUAGAAUGGACUUAACAACACAGAACAUACACAAAAGACCAACAUACACCAUGUACAAAUACACAACCUGUAACUCAGAUGCAAAAUAUACAAAAACUACAUGGACACAAUGGAUAUGCAUACAAAAUACACAAAAAAUACCUUUGUUUCUGCACACAAAAUACAUAUUCAGUGUAUAAUGCACAAUGCAUUCACUUAUACUAGGCAUACAAGAUACAGCACACAUGCCCAAGAACACACACUCACACACACACACACUACACAUGAAAGGCAGAUGUAUACUCAGAUCCAUCUCUUUGCCCCUCGAGUGAUAAAUUACUGGGCACAAACAAAAGACCAGAGUUAAUCAUCUUCCCCUAGCCUGCGUCUGUAUCCUUCAGUAUCCUUUGAGAAAUCUCUUUCUCUAGUCUCUUCUCUCACCUCCAGAUUUCAGCCCUGAGAAGUAAUCCCUGAGGUUUUAAGCAGAAGGACGGGCCACCACAUCAAGCAGAUCUCUGAUUACAACCAGGAGUCUCAUGGGGUUUCUACCUAUGCAUCUUCUUGCCACCAGAAACCCGGGUGUAGGUUGUGGAAGGACCUGGGACAUCUGGCAGCUUGACAUACACCCCCUUGCCAUGCUCUUUCCUUCAAAGAAAGUGCACACAGACAGCCCAGUAGCAGAGUCUCCCCGCUCCAGCACUAAGAUCUCCAGAUUCAGCCCUAGUCUCUUUAAAGCAGGGAUGGCUCAAGAAACUGCAGGAUCCUGGGCCCAGAACCAGGGUGAAGAUGCCCCCAACAUUCUCUGAGUCCACAGAUCUUCUUGCUCCUCCAUCCUAAGCAGCUUUGCUGGGGGCUGGGUCAGGAAGUCGACACCCUGUAUAGACUUGUCUCUUAAAAUGAGCCACCUUUUCUUGAUUGUGGCAUUUCACUUGGCAUAAGCCCAAUGGAGUCAACUCCUGAUUCCCCUCUAGGGGUGCUCAAUUUCAGGCAUGCUCCCCCCCCUUAACUGGGGUUCCCCCAGAUGCCCUGCCUCCCAUCCAAUUGCUGUGCCUCGAGGAAACGGCAACCCAAUUCAUCUUGGGUAAAAUGUGAUUAAGAACAUACACCUAAGGCUAAACAAGCAAACGACAGUUUUUAGAGGGUCUGAUUUUUGUGCUAUAUUCUAAGGCCAGACUUAACUUCUAAGAUUACCCACUGUUUCGGCUUCCUCUUGGAGGUGGUUCUUCCCACUAGGACUAGCUGAGAGCUGAGUGCACUUUGGCAAAAGGCUUCACCCGAAAUAGAAGUUAGGAGUUGCAGUCAGGCCUUGGAUCCGGCCUUCUAGCCUCUGCUAGGUGGCCGUCCCAGGUGUGUCUCCCCCACCCCCUACCCCCACUCCUGAUGAGGGUCACAGCUCCCGGUCUCCACAGAGGACACAGCAGCAGCAGCAGGGAGUGCGCGUGUGGAUUCCACACCCGUGCAUCUAGUGCAACACGCGGGGACUCCUGUUUCCCAGUGAAGAUACCAAUUCUCCCUCCAUCUUUACCAGAUGCCCCCACGGGCUCACACUUCAGGAAAGUUGGAGUUUUUAGGGGGCUGAAGGGGAAGAAGCACAGGAAAGGUAGAGAGGGUGUCAGGAAGAGAGAGUAACGCAGCUGGUCAAAUUUCAGAGUAAACUUUUCAGGAGCCAAAAUUUAGUGAAGAAUGUAAUUAAGGCUCUGUGCUUCCUGGAACUUCAGUGAUAUUCAGCACGCUCUCUUCCUUCCUCUCUGCUUGCACCUGUCCCUCUCAGCUGGGCUUCUGAGGAUGGUGUUGGCUUGUCACCAGGAGGUUAGCCUUUUAAAGGGGUCCCAAGGGAGUGCGCCUCCAGGCUCCGUUGGCUGUGUGGAAAGGGCACCCAUGAAAGCUGUGAUGGCCUGAGCCCUGGGUGUUCAUGUAGCCACCUGUGUGGGGACAGCUUCAGGACUAGCUUGUUCUAUCUGCUGUCCCUGGGUCUCUCACUACAUCGUAGUGAGGCCUUUGGCCAGCGUACUUCCUCAUGGUCAGCCAUAAAGUAUCAGUUGAGAUAUUCCAUGUUGAGAGAGGACAGCAUGCCUUGAAGACCCUCAGGCUGGGGGCUCAGCACUGCCCACGGCAAUGGAGAGGAGAGGUAGAGGGUGACUUCCCCCACAGGACACUGUAGACAGUGUGCAAAUUGCAUAUGCAGUGGCACCACUAGCCUCUCCCCGUGGCAGGCAAGGGAGCACAGUGUUUGACUUGUUUACCCAGGAGAGGGGACAAUGGUGCUGAGCUCUGCUCCCCAGGGCUCUCCUGGGGCCCAUUGUCAUAACAACCUGUACCUGGGUGAUGGCUGCCUGGUCUGAGAAGGUUGUAAUGUCCAGGGUGCUCCUUGGUUACACAAUGGAGGUUCCCCCAGCCUUGGCAAGGUGUCCACUGGCAGGUUUGAACUUAUGACCUUAGCCUCAUUAACAUCAUCAGCCACCUGAGGCAACCAGCAGAGAGGUGGAUGCUGGCAGCUGUCUCAGUAGCAAUUGUGACCAUCAUCUAUAUCUUUAGACUUGGCCCUUGUUGAGACCAGCCCUGUUCCCCACUCAAAGCAGUAAGUGGGGACAGGUGGUAGUGGGGAACCCCCUACAAGCUGGGAUGGGUCUCUUCCUCAAACUAAUCUUGUUCACUUUGCCCCUUUUACUCCCCUUCCUACCAAAUCUCAGCUUCAUCUCUCAUAGUUUGUGUUUGAAUAUUUUUAAAGAGGAAAAGUGCAAUAAAAUAAAUAGUGACUGUUUUCUUUAGCAAUAGCUCUUUCAAAACCUUGCUCUCAGGACUGAAAAGCGAUAGCACCUGGAUUAUCACAUAAUGCCCUUGACUUCUGGGCGUUCGUUCACGGUCUCUGUAGUUCCCUCUUCCUCCCACGUGUUCACGUGACUCCUGUCCUCUGAGCCCUGACCUCCUUCUGGACUGGACACAUACGCAGAGGUGCAGCCUACACACAAGGAAGGCCCGUGAGGCUUUGCGGCUCUCUUUCCUGCGUGCACCUCUCUGUCUCUGUGUGUGUCUCAGCCUCCCCCUUUCUGCUGCUCUCGCACAGCAUCCUCACAACCUCCAGGCACUGAAACCUUGAGCUCGAGUGACCUCACGCCAGCUCACACUCACACUCACACUCAGCUCAAAGCCCAUCUUGUCGACUUUCCAUGAGUGUGGCAGGGUGUACCGGAAGCCUGCAAGAAAGCGCUUGCCUAUAGAGAAGAAUAAACAUGCUGAGCCAUUACAGAUGCUCAUGUCCAUGCACUAAAAGCCAUUACUUGAUCCUUUUGCUGCCCUUCCUCUCCUCCCCCGGGAGCUGGAUGCUGAGGGAAUGUGGCCCGGAGGUUUGCACCUGGGAUCAGCAGCCUGGGCAGAUUUGGGGAGUGCCCUCGGACUCUCCUUCAAAAUAAGCUGACUUGCUCAACCAAAGGGACUACUCCACAAGAGCUGUAGAGGGGAGCAAGUUCUUGUGGGUUUGGGUAGCGGCCUACAGGGAUAGAAGAGUGGGUGGUUAGGGCAUGACAUUAGUGAAAUAAAGUCUCCACCACAUGCUACAGCAUGCCGCUGCACAAAUAUUUGCACACACAGCCAGGGGCUUCAGAAGAGUCCCUUCCCUGGGACAUCUGUGGGGUUAAAUACUCAGACCAGAUAAUCAGGGAAGGUUGGCAACCCUAGGGUCCUGUUCCAUUCCUUUUUGCUCUACCUUGCUCUAUACACAUGUGUAUAGCAAAACCUCAGUUAACUGACAGGGAAACCUCAGGGAAGGGAAUGUCCUGGUUGCUUUGCGAUUCUGGUUAUUUGAGUAGGCAUGAGAAAACACAUGUAGUUCAACCUUUGUAGUUGAAGAAAAUAUUUCCUAAGUAGGUUAGUAUAAACUUUCCUGCCUUAGUAAGUAGGCUGUUUGAAGAUGACAGAGGACCUUGCGUUGCUCAGGGUCAACAUUCUAAACCUCAGUACUCAUUGUACAGAAAUGGAGAUGGAGAAGACCAAAGAGACAGGCGGAUGGCUGUUGGCCGCAAGACAGACCUGGAAACGGGCCAUUAGGGCACAUGCUGGCUUAUCAGAUAGCGCCCUUGCUGUCGUUGGCCUCUUUCUACUGAAAGUGUAGUAGGAAAACAUAAUUCUUGUCAAUCAAGGUUUUGGUUAAUUGAUCUUGAAUUAUUAGAGGUUUUCCAUAUAUACAUAUAUCUGUUUGUAUAUAUAUGUAUAGUAUAUGUAUAUAUGUAUAACAUUAUUUCAAAAAUUAUACAAUUAUACAUUGACCAAUCCCCUUAAUUUCACUCACGUGGAAUAAAUUUGUCAAUCCAAGGAAUAAACUGCAUAUAUUUGAAUUUUUUAAAUGACCUUCCUUUGCAUUCUUUCCACUUCUCCCGGUUCCUCUCUUUUUUCCUUCUGCUUAGGGACCUUUCCAAAAGGCAGAUCUUUCAUGACAAAAGGAUGGGCUCCAGGAUCACCUCUUUCCUUUCCCUCCCUCAGGGGGCUGCCUGACUCAGGGAUGAAAGGGAAGUCUGAUCUAGCGGCCAGGUGCGUUUGCCUUUCUUCUGACUGCCCUGGUUGGCUGUAACCUCAUCACAGAGGACCAUAAACGUUUUUCCAAACUUUGUAGCUUGGAGAGAGUGGAAAGCCUAAAGAUGUGUCAGAGGACUGAUCUAUUUAGCAUUCUCUUUGUCAUUGGUGGUGCCCAGGGUUUGAGUUUCAUGCGAUCUGAAUGUAAAAUUUCUAAUGAAGAACUAAAUAACGUCUCUGCCAGAUGGAAGGUGAGGUUUGUGGCAAUCGAUGGAACUAAGACCCCAUUCUGUUGUUGAUUCUUACCAAGCCUGGGUUGAAGGUGGGAGCAGCUGUAAAUCAGUUGCUCUUUGGAGGUAAGCUGCAUACAUCACUUGAGAAACAGCUGGGUGCGAGCUGAAACAUGCUUUCAUUCUCCCUCUUGCCUGCCAGUGUGUUAGACCCAUGGGGAUAGUCUCUUUCAUCCUCACCUCCUGCAUUUGAGUGUGUGCAUUCUCUCCAGAUGGGGGUGGGAGGGAUUCCUCACUGGUAUCUGGAGCAAUUGAGGUGGUACAGGGGUGUCUACCAUCUCCCCACACUCCCGGAAGCCCUCCAAUCUGGCCAAGCUGGUCAUGAUCAGGUAGCAAAAGCCCAUAACCCAGACUUGGCAUGACCAGAUGGUAAACUGGGGCAGUUGAGGCAGCCUGGCUGGAUGGCUACUUCUUAUGCUGCAUGAACUUCCACGUGGAAACUGGUAUGACUUUUUGUGCUCCUCUGCACGCCUAAAAUAGUCAGAUCUGUUCCAGAUGAGUUUUCAGCUGAGAACUCCCUGCAUCAUUCCACUGAUGGAUGCACAGGGCAGGUGUGAUUACAUAAUAACGUGGACAGCUGCUGCAACGUCCAGAUCACUGAGGGCAGUGAUGGCAGGACCUUUGGAAGCUAUCCAGAGGGCUCAGUCCAGGCUUCUUCUCAGUCCUCAUGAGAGGCCUCUAAGCCCUGCUUCUCCUUGAAAAUGAUUCCCUAGACACUGACUGCCUUGUUUGUAUGAGUGCAUAAACACUCUGGGCUGCUAGAAAAAGCAAGAGGAGGAGCUGGGAGGAUGAGAAUAUUCAGAGGCUCACUUUGCUACCAAACAUGUCAGCUGCUAGGAUUACUGCCUUUUUAACUUACCAAGUGUAGGGCAAAGACUUUGACCGGCUAGGUGGGGCUGGAAAGGAGUAAACCAGCUCUAGGCUAACAAAUGGGACAGAAAAGCAAGACGAGAGGCCUGGCUGGCUUUGGUGAGGCUGAGUCUUAGCUCCUGAGGGUUUGAACAUGCUCUGUGCUUGCCCCAGUUCUGCCUUCACGUGGGAUCCAGCGACCCAGUUUCCUUUUGUUGUCGUGCUUGGAUGGUUCCUUCAUUUGAAGGGCCCCAGGAAGCUGGAAAGUCCCAUGAUCGAGCUCUAGCCUGCUGAGCAAACAAUACCCCAGCCAAAUUGGCCUCUUCCUGGUUUUCUGCAUCCCUGCACCCCUCUCUCCACUAAGGGUAAUCUUGGAACAGUCAAGAUUAAUGGUGCCAGCAAUCUGAAGAUUUUUUAGUUUUCAUCAGGGACAUAGCUGUAAAGCUCACGAGUGGAAGAUGCUGUUUCCUUUGCCAGACCUGUGUGCUUAUGUGCUUAUAUAGGCUGUCUCUGGAGAUUUUAUAUAAUAUAUAUAUAUAUAUAGUGGAAAUGGCCACUGCUCACUUAGGCUCAUGCAGCACAGACUCUAGUCAGGGCUUGCACUGGCUUCGUUGAUGCCUGUGCAUGAUUCUGCAGCUGCCCUCCCGUGUCCUCUCUCUAAUAAUUGCUGAAAACUCAAAGAGGUAGAUAAAUAAGCCUCCCUGGGAUCAAUAGCAGAAGGAACUCCAACGCUGAUGGUAAAGCUUCGUAAUGAUGAUGCUGAAAGGGAACUGGGGUCUCCAUGGUGAUGAGAGGCUGGGGACCAAUGGGAGCUGAAGGCGGAGCAAGACUUGUGGGGAAAACUCAUGGGAGUUGGGAGUCAUUUAACUAUUUGUUUGCUUCAUGAAAAUUUAGACACCAGCUUAACUACAUUGCACAGGAUGUAUUGAUAUUAUCAUACUUGCUGACAUAUUCUGGAAGCUUUCAGCCCCACCAACACUGCCCUGCCCAGGACUUCUGCAGCUGAGAGUUCCUGUGUCAGUAGGGUCUGAUAUUUGUACAUAGGUUAUACAUAUAUGUGUACAUAUGUGCCUCAAUGAACAUUGCCUGUCCACCUGAUCGUGGGUGUACAUAGACUUCAUAGAGCUCCACAGUCUUUUGUAAAUAUUGACACAAGUAAAUAAGUAUAUAAAUAUAUAUUACUGAGGAUUUAUUUUAACAUCAUCCUGUGUGAAAGGAAAAAAAUAAAAUUUUUGACAGACA